AUAGUGGUGAAAAACCCCAUGACUAUAAACAAUGUGGUAAAGCCUUUCAACAUAAUAGUGAUCUUCAAAGACAUGAAAAAACACACACUGGAGAGAAACCCUGUGCAUGUAAACAAUGUGGGAAAGCCUUUAUAGAAUCCGAUCACUUUCAGGUACAUGAAAAAAUUCAUACUGAAGAAAAACUGUAUGAAUGUAUACAAUGUUGUAAGGCCUUUAGAUGUAAUAGUCAUCUUCAAAGACAUGCAAAAAUACACACCAGAGAGAAACCCUAUGCAUGUAAACAAUGUGGUAAAGCCUUUAGAUGUCAUGGUUAUCUUCAGUUACAUGAAAAUAUUCAUACUGGAGAAAAACCAUAUGAAUGUAAACAAUGUUGUAAGGCCUUUACAUUUUUUAGUUCCUUACAGUUACAUGAAAAAAAUCAUACUGGAGAAAAACCUUAUGAAUGUAAACAAUGUGGUAAAGCCUUUAGAUGUAAGAGUGAUGUUAAAAGACAUGAAAAAACACACACUGGGGAGAAACCCUGUACAUGUAAGCAAUGUGGUAAAGCCUUUACACACUACAGUUACCUUCAAGUACAUGAAAAAAUUCAUACUGGAGAGAAACCAUACACAUGUAAACAUUGUAGUAAAGCCUUUAGAUGUCCUGGUUAUCUUCAGUUACAUGAAAAAAUUCAUACUGGAGAAAAACCGUAUGAAUGUAAGCAAUGUGGUAAGGCCUUUAUAUUUUCUACUUCCUUACCUUGGAAAUAG